AUGAUUUCGAACCCUGCCAGCGUUACGGAAGUCACUUCCUGUUCGGAGUUACCGAAUGUUGUGAAAGUUGCACCAAUCGCGGCGGCGAAGCCAGACAAUUCUUCCACCUUGAAGCCUAUUGAUACUGAGCUAUCCACAAAGCCGGACACGGCUACCGAUCCUGUUCCUAAGGCAGCCGUUUCUACACCUACCACAUCAGCUGCCAGUGAGCGAUCGCGUUUCCUGUUGGAACGGAACGCCGAGCAAGUCACGCGCAAACUAAUCAACGAACUGGCUGCGAUGAGCAAGAACAGCCUGAAGCAGAUGAUCAACAAUCCUGGUGGGAAGUAUGCGACAGCACUUAUGAAUCAUGCUCGUCAAAAACUACGGGCCGAAGUACGCCGCCAACUGAAGGAUUUGGCGGCGUCUGGCCGACCGCCUCAAGAAACCGGUGAUGUCCGUCCCGAUGAAGCGAUCGACGCGAAUCAGAUACCGUCUGCGUUGCUCCAGCAAAUUGGUCACGUGCUGGACUUUGAUUUCUUCAACCUAAACGCUCACGGACAGGAGACCAUCGAUGAUGAACCGGUUGUGCCGAUGGACGCCUCAAACUCGAUAAACGAAGAACAAAAAGCUACGUUUUUGUUGGAUAAUAACAAGCAACCAAAAACGAUCGAACAGUCUAAUGAUGGCGACCACCUAAAGUCAUCCACUCCGGCCGAUGCCAACAUCGUUGUUCCUCGCAACAACGAGAAUAGGCCUAAGACAAAAGAGAUUCCAAAAACACCAACCACACUGCCGAAGGGAGAUCAAUCAGCAGCCGAGAAAAAGAGUCCUGUUGGCAGAACUCCACACUUGGAUGCUAAACGACAAAAUACAAAAACACCUACGACGACAUCAUCGGCUGCACCUAGAGAUGCUUUGAAACGGAACGAAAAUGGUACCGCUUCGAGCAGUCGUAAGAGAACUCGUAUUCCUUCGCCGGAUAAUGGUAACCCUCCGUCGUUGGGUCUCAGUGUGACGGGCACGUACGCUGCAACACCCGAAACGGAAGAGCUUCGCACGAAAUCGCCUACUCCCGUGCCGAUCACGUGCGUCACACCGAAAGGGCAUGGUCGGGCACGAAACAAUAGUAGUAAUAGGUGUGGAGAUAGUCUGGGCACCGUACGUCGAGCCAUUACGAAGACGAAGCCAAAUCUAGCUCGACGAACGAAGCAUGAACAACACAAACCUACGCCGGAUCGUGAGCUUCGCACAAAAUCACCGACACCGGUAGCAAUUGGCACCGGUCUGCCGAUGCGAAGUGACAAUGCGUACCAUAGCCCCAACAACACUAGGGCACAUAAAAAUGCGAACCGUUUCUCACGGAGACGUUUCCCCGGGCGACGGUCGGAUAGUGUGGAGCACGAUCGUUACCCGAGACAGCCGUUGGGUUUGGAUGAUCCACGAACAAAGUCACCGACACCGGCAGGAAUCGGUAGUCCAUCGUCCAGACAACUUGAUGUAGCUAUCGGUGAUCAGUACGCAUCCGAGGGCGGUUUUCAGUUAACGUACGAGUAUGAGGACACGGAGAAACGAUUCCGUGGAAAGCCUCGUCUCCCAUGGAUAGUCAAACCCGCGGACAUUAAGGCGUACCAUCAAAAUAAAGUGGCUAACGCGGCUACGAGUGAUGCAACUCUUGAAAACACCGUUCCGCAAAACGAUCCCUCACCUUCGAAGGAUACACGAAGUUCAUCAGCAUCCGUCGAUGCUUUGUCCGCUAAGAUUUGCGAUCGCUCCGAGCCUAGGAAACUCAGCGUUCCUCAUUCGAAGGAUGCUUUCAAAAAGAAGGUAGGAGAUCUACUAUCAAAGUACAACUACACGACAUCACAUCGAUUACCAUCCAAAGAGGUAGAGAAUGCUUCAUUAAAUGAAGCACACGUUUGUCUGCCCGUUGAUGUGACCAGUGCUAUGCCUAAGGCAAAAAGUGAUGUUCGUUCAGAGCAAAGAGGGGACGUUUCGGUUACAGAAAAAGACGUUCUUGGGACUAACAAUGUGGCGGAAAUGUUAGUAGAAAGAUUGGACAGUCCGCAUGCAACGACGUUGGCAGAUGCUUCGGUUGAUAAAGACAAUCUUGCACCACAGCAAGAGACCGGUUCCCUCUCCGCUGUACAUGGCAAUCCUUCUGAGAAGGAAAAUAGAAAAUUUGGGAAAAACAAAAAACGAUAUAAAAGAGUGAAAGAUACUUCAGCGAAAGAAUUAGAACCACCUUCUUCGAAGAGGGGAAUCGCUGCGACAAAGAAGGUCAGUAAGCAACCAGACAAGCAAGUGGCUCGAAACGAGCCACAUCAGAGCGUAACAAUUGAUGCCCCAGUACUACAGCACGAAACGAUUCGAAACGGCCAAGUACACAAUCUACCGCCACUCACACCAUCAGCUGAAUGGAAUUCACCGACCAGUGCAGCUAGCGUUCAAAAUAAUCUUGAAGACAAUCUAACAGCACAGGAAGAAAGUGAACCACACACAGGAGAAACAAUCAACGUAUCAGAAAAAGAAACGGAACACGCAGACAAAAGGAAUCCUGUAGUGGAAAACUUGAAUCAACGUGAUCAAGCUGACCAUGGUCCGGAGCAGAAUGCACGUUAUAAUCUUGGGCGAGAAAGUACUGAGAACAGUAAUGAGCCUUGUUCUCAAGCAAAAAAAGCAAAUUUACCUCCAGGUGAUGCUCCAGCAGAGGACACCCAGGAUCUUUCCCCGACGCGUGAACAUACACAUGUGCGGGAGACACCUCGUCGGUUCCACACGGACAGUUCCACAAACCACGUAUUCAACUCCGCACCGCAGUGCACCAGCUCUCGAGAAGUUACAAGUGGCGCCACAAUUCCAACCACGGCAUCGUGCAAUGAAACAGUUCCGGCCAUUCCGCCAUCGCCUCAGCCCGUGGCGAAAGCUGCCUCUCUUCUGCCACGAGAAUUAGCUCAAACCUUGGCCACCUUAAUGGACAAACUGCAAUCGUGUGAUCUGGAAUCUAUGAUGCUACUACAACGCAAGAUCGAAAUCGAUGCGGCGAUCAUGAAGCUCGACUCGGAGCGAAUGACCAUCGAUGAAAGGCUAGUCGUGCUGCAAAACGAACGCGAUGGACAGAUGAAUGUCCUCCGGGUGGGUUUGUUGGGAAGUCAGUCUUCGAGAGGUGGUUCGGAAAGGAAUGGUUCGACAGAGAAUGAAAUGCAACCGACGCCAGAGUCCUGUGGAAUGAAGCCACACCCUAGUUCGCCUCCGUCCACCAUUUCCUUCACACCUUCGCCCACCCUUCAGUACGGUGGCGACGGAGGUAUACGCCUCACUCCGCUAAUAGUUUGCCAACCGACGAUCGUACUCGACAAUGAUGCAGGACAAACCGGAGGAACCGAUACCAGUGGACAACAUGCGGGUUGUGGGGUGCAGGAGCGAACUAUUCGACGCAUCACACCGAUCAGUGGCAAUAACGAACUAAUGCAAAUCUUUCUACGGCGUCGGUUGCUGUCGGAAAAAUCGUCCGACGAUAACCAAUCGAACGGGGACGGUGUCCUUAUUGAGCAAUGAUUCUACGCUGUUCACAUGGAAAACGUUAGCCAGUGUUUAAAUUCGACAGGUAGAUAAUGUCCGUGUGAUUGUCACACAUUUUGGAAGUGAAUUUGAGAA